UGACUUGAACAAACGGUAGCUAGACAUAGAAACAAACGCAACUUCAGGAAUCAAAUUACGAACUGCUAUAAACCCAUAUAUCAUGAUGAGAAUCUUCCUACUACAAAAAAGGAUGUGCCACAAAGCUGUGCUGAAUCAAACUGAAAACUAGUUAAUUCAAUCGAACAAACAACCACUCGAGUAGAUUUCAGCUAUCAGUCAUAGAUCGUUCACUAGCAGUUUCUCGGUAAUAACCAAAGAAGCCAAAAUAUCAGCAAAUUUCUGAUGAAGAUCAAGGAGAAUAGUUGAGCAGAUCUCACCUCGGUGGCAACUAUAACAAUGUUGGGCCUCAUUUUCUGCUGAUUGUACAUGUAUUUGAGUUUAGACGACUAUGGAAGAAGAAACCUUAAAAAAACUCUUCUCGUGUUUUUAAUUCAGACCGGGUCAAAGUGGUUAUUCAUUGUGAAAUGUGAAUCAAUUCACUUUGUUACAAACACAAUCUUUUGGUAGUGCAAUUAAACAUCAUUAACCAAACAACUUUGAUUUCUCAACAACCAAAACUAUGAUACUGGUUAAUCAGACAUUAAAAAAUAUGUAUGUUGCAACAAGAUACAGAACAUAGAACGGUUGAGCAGUGGAAACUCCAAGACCAUUGGUGGAAGACAUGAAAAAAUCUUACUCCCGAUGGGGCUGAGACACAGGAAACCUGAGAUAAGCAGAAAUUAACAUACCAAGAACAAGACAGAAAUGAAAAACCUCUUAAGGAAACGCUAUGAUUUUGGUGAUCAGAUUGUUUACUAAAGAACAGUCUUGAGACUUUAGAGAAGCAACUUACAAGCCAGUCAACGUAGAAGCUUAGAUUAAGAUGGAGAGCGCUGCAAGUGCUUGGGAGCUCAACACUAGCGGAUCUUCAUCUUCUACGUCUCUAUCUCGCUGAGCUGAAACGUCGACGUUUUGUUUCAGUGACGGAGUUCCUCGGAAAGGAGAGGACUUUUAACAGACACACGGCUAACUGACUGAAAUUGCAUGAAUGGUCCCCAGUGUUUUAAACAUUUCAAAUAAAACACAUAAUAUUUUUUUGUGUUUCUAAUACACUUAAAAUUUAAAUACUAAUCAUGAUUAGUUACUUUGGUCAUAUAGAAACACAUAAUUGCAAUCAUGUUUUCAUAUUAAGCUAGUGUAAUCAAUCCAGUAUUUUCUUACCAACCACUCAUUAAGUUCCAUGUUGGUAAACUAUAUCAAAUUUAUUCACAACGAGAUAUGUGAAAGUUUCAUUCAGACCUGUACAGACCUGUACAUGUCUUUUAUAUGUAAACAAGUAUAUUUAUCUGAGAAAUUUAAUUAGUUUGUGUAUAAACAAAAGUUAUUGUAUCUUUACGAAAAUAGAUAAAAGUCUGACCGGUGCCGUUUUAGUAGACCGGCCAAAUUAAGGGAAAAACAGAGGAACAACAACAAAAAUUAGAGCUCCAUCGUGAAGGCUCUCUAUGUUUAGGAGGAAGAAGAGAAAACAGAGGAUCCUAUUUUCUCCCAGCCAAUGGAACACAUUAGCAUCGAUAGAUCGACGUUUCUUGAGAAUCUCAUAAUCAGAGAUAGCCGUCAUUGUCGUUCUCUCUCACGUUCACAUCUAAUCCUAGACACCAACCUCUCAAUAUUCAAGAGUUUUAGCACGAUAUCUCCUCUUUUCAAGAUUCCUCUGUUUUUUAAUCUUUCAUUACAGAACAUCCUUCUUCUGUCUCAUUUCGAAUGAGUAAUGUUUGAAUCGCAAGAAAUGAAGACAAUUCUUCGAUCAGUCAGCUUUAAUAAUGACAAUGAAUCGGAUUCAACCAUCACCGAACCACCAGAAACUAGAAAGACGCUCUACAAUAGAUCUCUCAGCAUGAAAGGGACAGAAAGACCUAGCCUUUCUUCGGAAGACGUGGAGAACAAUCUUUCUUUAAAGCCUCUAACUUUUAUGAAAGAAGAUGACAAAUAUAAGAUACGGCAAUGGAAACCUUUAUCCGUAAACGAUCACGUAAACGAGUUUCUAGCGUUAAUAAGUGACAGUAGAUACCAAGCUGCGUUAAAGCUGCAGAAGGUUUAUAGAAGCUUUCGAACCAGGAGGAGGCUAGCUGAUUGUGCUGUGGUGGUUGAGCAAAGAUGGUGGAAGGUACUUGAUUUUGCUGAGCUUAAAAGAAGUUCUAUAUCGUUUUUCGAAAUUGAGAAGCAAGAGACUGCAGUUUCACGCUGGUCUAGAGCAAGAACAAGAGCUGCUAAGGUGGGUAAAGGCUUGUCAAAAGAUGAGAAAGCUAGGAAGUUGGCUUUGCAGCACUGGCUUGAGGCAAUCGAUCCUCGACAUCGCUAUGGCCACAAUCUGCAAUUCUAUUACCAUGCUUGGCUCCAUUGUGACAGUUACCAACCCUUUUUCUAUUGGCUUGACAUAGGAGAAGGAAAAGAGUUGAACCAUGAAAGAUGUCCAAGAACAAAACUAUACCAACAAAGCAUCAAGUAUCUUGGUCCGACUGAAAGAGAAGAGUAUGAAGUGGUGAUUGAGGAUAGUAAACUAAUCUAUAAACAAAGUGGGAUAGUUCUGGACACAAAAGAAGGUCCUCCAGAUACAAAGUGGAUCUUUGUCCUAAGCGUGUCUAAGAUCAUGUAUGUUGGAAUGAAGAAAAAGGGCAACUUUCAACAUUCUAGUUUUCUUGCUGGAGGGGCUACCUUAUCUGCUGGUAGGAUUGUGGUUGAUGAUGGUGUUCUUAAGGCAGUUUGGCCUCACAGUGGACAUUAUCUACCAACAGAAGAGAAUUUCUUGGCCUUCAUGUCUUUUCUUAGGGAGAACAAUGUUGACCUCACUGAUGUAAAGAAGAGUCCAGAUGAAGAUGAUGGAGAACAUCAUUUCAAGGUCAAGAGAAUGCCUUCAAAAAUCAAAGAGGUUGAAGAAGAACCGUGUGACUUUGUGGACGCUGAGACUGGUUUAAGUCCAAACGCUAAACCUAAAAACCAUCCAGAGCUACAUACAUUAACAAGGUUCCAUCCAAAAGACAAGGACAUGGCUGAGGAUGAUGAUGAAGAAGAGCCUGAAACGCCUUCAGAAGAAGGAUAUGAGACAGCAGAGGAGACAUUCAUUGCUGAGGAAGAGUUUGCAUAUCCAAAAUCUCAUCUCUUCGAUGAAGACAUUGAAGAAUAUGAGAAGCCUGUACCUAAGGAGAAGAUAAUGAAGAGGAUAGAUUCACACAAAGGACUCAAAUCUUAUCAGUUAGCUGAGAGGCUGCACUCGAGGUGGAGUACUGGUGCAGGUCCUAGGAUCAGUUGUAUGAGAGAUUACCCUUCAGAGCUUCAGUUUAGGGUUCUUGAACAAGCUCAGCUAUCUCCAAGAGCUUCAAGCUCUUCAAACCCAUCUCCUUUUGCUCCGGUUAGAUCAAGGGGGACAAGUCUUGGGAGAAGUCCUUUCUCUCAAGAACUUGAGAGGCUUUAGGUCUGUGUAUAAAGGAUAUGUACGAAGCAAAUUGACCUGUGAUGAAGUGGCCGGAUUGAGUAUUUUUUUUUGGUUAUGUAAGGUGCAGAACUAAGGGCUUGAAGAAUGUUCUUCUUAUUAGGUGUGUGACUUGUUUCACAAGUCACCUUUUCAUUAUAAAUUAUUUUUUUUUUCAUAUUUUUGUCCUGUGAAUAUUUUGUAAUUUUCUGAAUCAUAUUUUGAUAUUUUUA